UGCUGUCAUGUUUAGUCGAACGUUAGCCACUAGCACUCGCGGGAGGUCGUUCACUAGUUGUGCACCCAGCUCGUUUACAGCAGCUCCGUACGGAGCAUAACGUACGGGUGCUGCGGGUGGUCGACGGUUAUCCUUCCGUUCUUCCAACUUCGCACCGUGUCCGGCAUACUCCUGUGAGUGGGCUUCGUGGAGGCGGUGGCUGCCUACCAAGAUAUCCGGUCUUCUGCUUCUGUGUACCAUCGUUGUUGUUUUCUUUCUUUCUUUCGUCGCUAGUACAUUUAACCUAUUACCCGCUCGUGUACUGUCGCGGAAGAAUUUCUUUGUGAUUUAAGAGUUUGUGGGGGAAAAAGAAGUAAAAAUUGAAAAACAUGGCGACCGCUUUGUUCCUUCGAAUCCUUGAAGUGCGUGAUACUAAAGAAAAUGUUCCUGCAAGCAUCUGCAAAUUUAGUGCAAAACAAACGGCAUAAAGUGUAGUCUAAGUGAGGUGCCCCACAUUGUUUUCUAUCCCACCUCCGCUUUGCUCUCCUUUACUCGGUCGCAUGCAAAUAACAAAAAAAAAGAACAACAUGUCCUUCACAGCACGCCUUGUUACAAUAAUCCAGGACAUGUGUGCCAACCAUCUCGCAUGUCACCUGUGCACCGUCGUCGCAUCGAAGCAGGUGGCGCGUGCUUCACGGGGGAUAAAGGCAAAAAUCGAUGGCAGAAAACUGUCCAGAAAGUGGGAAGUUUAAAUUACGCAAAAAAAGGGGGCAAAAAUCGAUUCUUCCUGCUAACCGCUUCAAACGUGGCAACUGAACGAGAGAGACAGAGAGAAAGAAGUGGUUGGCUAAAAAAAAAAUUAGCAAGGGAUCAAACAUAUCCUACCCGUGGCUAGUGGGUGCGAAUGUAUAGUGUAUGGAUGUGUGUGUUUGUGUGUGCAUUUAAAUCAUCGUACAAAGGAGAAUCCUUGUACAUCUGCGAAACAAGUGCCAAAUGUUGAUGGAACUGUUUUUAAACGUAAUCAGCGAAAGAUCAACCACCUCCUCCUCAACGAGGCUGCCAUUAAAGUGUGAUGCUAAUGAUUAAAACAUUAGUUGCAAUCGAUUUUAAGAGCGUCCCAGCAUCGAACGGAUCCAUCUGCCGUAGUGUACAGGCCGCCUAGUGCUGAGUGCAGUGCGGAAUCUGCAAGCAUCAAGAUGAACCCUGACCGGAACAGCCGGAAGUAUCGCUCCGGAAACAAUCUGUACAGCGACGAUGAGCUGGAAUUAUCGUCGUCACAGGUACUGGAAAAGGUAAAGCCGGAUCGCGUCACUUCCACCAAACCGGACGAAGAUCGCCGUCGUCGCACGAUCAUCGUCGAGAAGAAGAAUGGUUCGUACGGUUUUACGUUACAAAGUUACGGCAUUCACUACAAAAAGGAACAGGAGGUCGAGGUGAUAACGUACGUGGAUUACGUCGAGUACGAUGGUCCGGCGUAUCGGGCCGGGAUGCGCGAGGGCGACGUCAUCCUCUCGAUCAACGGUUACGAUAUGGAGAAGGCCGAACACAAGGAUCUGGUCAACUUUAUCAAAAACUGUGAUAAUAGAAUGCGCAUGGUGGUGCUGUUCGAGGACUGCUGCCGGAAGGUGGAGCUACACUUGAAGUACAUCCAGCUGCAGGAUCUGCUCAAAAGCAAGAUGUCCGAUUUGGAAAGGAUUUGCUUGCGGGAGCGCGAACUGUUGGAGGGCAAGUGGAAAACGCACAGCUUACCGGCGAGAAAGAAGGCGAACGCUGCGACCGGGGAUGAUAUCGAUCCCGGUUCGACGACGGACGUGGAAUCAAGCUCUGGGCCAUCGUUUUGCCGUCCGGCAGCCUCGACCGAGGACGUGAAGAAGUUGCUCCGACAGAAAACGUACAUUGUACCACCACCGGCACAAUUUAUGCUCGCUUAUCAUUGCCUGGAUAGUAACUAUCGUUACGUAAUCCAUCCCUCCUCCCAAGCUGCUGGUACGUGCGAAAGUGCCAGCGGUACCGAAUACACAUCCUGUGCUCAACCGAACAACCCAACAGCGGCCAAACUUUGCAAGGACCAUCAGCAUAUGAUGCGCGGCUCCUCGCUAGACAGUAGCUCACUCGGUGCGGGUGUUGGCUGCAAGCAGCAGCAGCAAUCCUCCGCCUCGCCAACGAAAAGUCUUCACAAUUACGACACCAAAGCAACCAAAUCGUCGUCAUCCGGUACGUCCCGGCGCAGUGGUCACCUGCACGGGCACUCGUGCAACCCUUGCAUGGGACACUUUCUGCGCAGCAGCAGCAGUAGCAGCGACAAGAACCGUUCCGGUGAGAAGGAUAACACCAGCCUGGAUGCGUACGAUCUGGCGAGCCCGUGCUGUGAUCCACAGUGUGUUCCGUCGCGUCGCAAAUCGAAACAUCAUAAAGAUCACCACCACAAGCACAAACACCGUGACAGGGAGGGAAAGGAACACGGUGGGAAGGAUCGUAUACCGAGGCCAAAGUCACAACCGCAUAUUUCACCACAGCAGCAGCAGCAGCAGCAGCACCAACAGCAGCCCCAUCACUCACAGUCAAGCUAUCUCUACCGUCACAAAGAUAAGCACGAUCAUCACCAUUCGAAAGUGUAUGACCUAAACGCUAGUCUCGCGAGCCAUUGUAGUCUGCACUCGUGCACCUCGAGCGAGUUUAACCCUGCGGCGGAGAACUCGCCCGCAUCCUAUAGCACAUCCAUCAGCACCGACACGCUCUACUGGGAGCCGCACAGCGAAUCGACCACGGUGUCCGCUUCCGGUUCGAUCCACAAGAAGCCACCGGCCGGCGGUAGUACCACCAGCGCCACCACUACCAGUGGCGCACUCGUCCCGAUCGGUGCCCGACCACCGCACACACAUCAGCACCAUUACUACAUACAGAAGUACAUCCAUCCGCAACAUCAUCCCGGAGCCGGGCAGCAGCAGGGACAGCAACAGCAGCAGCAGCAGCAACUUGCCAUCUUUCCACCACCACCAGCAUUGCCUGCCGUCCACAAGCCCAAAUCUUGGGACAAUCUCGCGAUGAAGGGUUACGGUGGGUACGGGUACGGGUACGGAUAUCUCGAGGUCGGUGGCGGUGCUGUCGGCGCGGCCCUAACGAAAACGAACCUACCGACGGCGACACGCACCCAAACGACCAUCACCAUCCAGCACCGGAACUCGAUACCGAAGAAGAACGGCUACGAACGGUACUCGGCGUUUGUCGACGUGGAAAACUAUGCGCCACCACCGACACAGUUCCUGCAGGAGACCACCACCACAACCACGACGAUCACUACGAAAUCGACCGAGAAUCUGCUCGGUCCGUACAACCGUUCCGAUUCCAGUCUGUCCUGCGAGUGUCUCGAGACGGCACCGUUGACCGGUGGUGGUGGUGGUGGUGCGGCGGGAACAUCCGGUAGCAUGGUGGAACACGUGCACGACAAAUCCGGCUACUAUUCCAGCCUUGGUGGUGCGCCGAGUUCGGGUGGCAGCGGUGGUGCCGGUAAGAAAUCAAACCCCAACUUAACCGAAAUAGCUCGCCUUUAAGGUGUGGUGCAGUCGCUGCAUAGAGUGUAGUAGCGAGUUUUGUUCGCGUGCUUGGUACACAUUCCAAAAAUUACAGUCGGUAGGACAAACUAAGGACAUUCAGGCUGAGGGUAGAUGUUGUAACGUUUUGUAACGUUUAAUUACGGCCAGCAAGCAAACAAAAGACAGAUCCGCUUUCAAGUGAUACAUUAUUAGUUAAAGAGCGUGCGCUAUCAUUUAAUUAUUUGCAUAUUCUACUAUCACGAACAGGCUUCCGAUUAACGCAUGGAAAACAUGCUUGUGUACACUCUAUCGUUUAUCCAUUUCAAAGUUCCGUAUGCGCUAGCUAAUCCGGAAGGCAAGGUUCCCAUUUCCGUGAUGUUCGCUAUUAGUCGGCUACGGUUUGGGCUAACGCGGGAAUGAAGCUGUUUGAAGCGCUAUUAGAAGAUGGUGUUGUAGUGAACACUUUAAACCAUAGUAGAACCAGUUUUGCUCAGUACUUUUCCGUAGGUUAGAACAGUGGAAGAUGGUAAGGAUCCUAAUUGUGGGGAGUGAUCGCUAGAAUCGUCAAAAACCUCAGGAAAAGAGGACCGUUGGAAAUGGGAAACGGCGUGUGUGCACUGCACACAGACUGCAGAAGAGAGCCUAGUAAAAAAAGGACCGAAUGAUAACGAUAAUAUCGGAGCGCAGGUAAGACGUACGAGGGUGAAUUAUUAUUAUAGAUAAUACAUAAAUCUUGCAGAGCUAACGAUUUCAUCAAAACUUCAACGAACAUGUUUCCUUACCGUGCGUGUGUGAAUAUCAUUCAAACUCCGAAACCGGAUCCAAUACGGAAUGCAAUACGAGGGUUUUGUUUAUUAACAGAAGUACUUUAACGAGAUUACCUUGUUGUUGUUGGCUGGCGAUAAAUUACUAUUUCGAUUGGUACUACGCGCCGUUCUAGAUCAGUUCUAGUAGAUCGUCCGGUAAAUAGUCCUUUCGUACGAAAUAUAUAAACACUAUAACGCGCGAACUGACGACCGACAAUGGCGACGGUUUGCCUUUUCUUGAUCAUGCGGCCGCGUAUGGCGAUCGUUUAUCGUUGUUUAAUAGUUUUGUAUAGCUAACAAGAAUAUACUUCCGCGUAAGGCUAGUUGUUUUAGUGUAAGAUAAUUGCUUUCAAUUACUGGAAAAAACAUCCAUCUCUUUACCUUAGAACGGCUUCGAUUGCUCUUGUUCUUUUCUUUUAACGAACUUUUUUACUAUU